UAAUAUUCCCAAGCUAGCAGGGUUGCUGAAUAAAACGAGAGACCUUUCGCUAUCAACUUACUGCUUCCAAAAUCACAGAAACAAAGAACGAACCCAAAACGAAACACAAAAAUACUGUAAAAAAGAAAACGUAAAGAGGAGAAAUGGAGAAGCAAACCAAAUCUGAGGUUCUUGUUUUUUCAGACAUGAAAGAAGAUCCUGAAGAAAUUUUCUUCGGAGGAGAAGAAGAAGGAAGUGAUCUGUCUUAUUGGGAAUUCAUCAACUCCUCAGAUUCUGACGCUGAUGAUGUCCUCUCUCUUUCUGAUGCUUCUUGGCACUCUUCGCUUUCUUCCUCCCCAGAGGACAGCCCAAUCCCUGACCUGAUUCAAGAUUCUGAUGAUCGUCUUCAUCACCAUGACUAUGAGCCAUUUCACGAUGGGUAUGGUGAGCCAUACAUAGAUGAUCAAGAAGAGGAUGAUGGUGAUGAUUACGAUGAUGAUUAUGAUGAGUAUGAUGAUGAUGGGUAUGAUUUGGAUGAUGAGUUGGUGCCGCGCGCACUGAGUGGGAAAUUUGGAAGGCAAAGGAUGAGGAAAUUAGGGAAGAGGGUUUUUGCCAAGAUGCACACUUCAAAAAAGUCACCAUUUUUGUAUGUCAAGCCUGGGUGUGUUCAUGGCAAGCAUGGGCUCGGAUUGAAGCACAGUUGCUAGAGAGAAUUGGGUUGCAACUUUUGGAGGAAAUGGGCUAUCUUUAAAUGGGUACUUGUUGGAAUCUUCAUUUGGUUUAAGUUGUAAUUACUGUAGUUCGAAUUGCUAUUGUUAGGUUUAAUUUAAUUUGACUUGGAUUAUUUGGUUGUUAAUAACCUAAUAAUUAUGUUAGUGUCUAUACAAGUUUAUUUUGUAAUCUCCAUGGUGCUUUUCUGCUUAACUUACCUCAUUUCUUUCUUUUCUUUUUCUUUUGUGUUGUUGGUUGGCUGAAUGUUGAUAAGUCUGAGGAAAUUUUAGCAAAUGGAUGUGUUGAGAUUGCGGAAUA